UUUGUCACAUAGGUAAGGAAAAUCGCCGAAUUUGAAUCUUCUGCACUGCAAAACAAUGGCAGUCCAUCACUCCCUCGAGGUCGCUGACGGUACCUUGGACGACGACGGGCGUUUGCGUAGAACCGGAACCUUAUGGAGUUGCAUUGCUCAUAUCAUCACCGCGGUCAUUGGAUCUGGAGUCCUGUCUCUGGCUUGGAGUACGGCGCAGCUGGGGUGGAUAGCUGGGCCGGUGUCCUUGAUUGGUUUCGCGAUAAUCACCUACGUUUCUGCUUUCCUUCUGUCAGAUUGUUACCGGUCUCCCGACCCCAUAAAAGGAACACGGAAUUAUUCUUACAUGGAUGCGGUUGGAGUAAAUCUUGGUACGAAAAGAAUGUGGGUAUGUGGUUUGCUUCAGUAUCUGAGCAUGUAUGGCAUAGACAUAGCCUACGUUAUAACUACUGCAACCAGUAUGAGGGCUAUUUGGAAAUCGAAUUGCUAUCACAGAGAAGGGCCCCAUGCUCCUUGUCACUAUGGUAAUAGCUUCUACAUGCUGCUAUUUGGGAUCAUACAGAUCGUGAUGUCGCUGAUACCGGACAUCCACAAUAUGGAAUGGCUUUCAGUUGUCGCCGCGAUCAUGUCCUUCUCUUACUCUUCCAUUGGACUAGGACUUGGCUUCGCAAAAGUCAUAGAAAAUGGAAGAAUCGCAGGAGGGAUUGUGGGAGUUGCUAAAGUUGAGAAAAAGGUAUGGAAUGCCUUCGAGGCGCUUGGAGAUAUCGCUUUUGCGUAUCCAUACGCACUCAUUCUUCUUGAGAUACAGGACACUUUGAAGUCCCCUCCACCAGAAAACCAGACGAUGAAGAGGGCCUCCAUGGUUGCAAUCUCCAUAACCACCACUUUUUACUUCUGCUGCGGAUGCUUUGGAUAUGCAGCCUUUGGUGACAAAACACCAGGGAAUCUCCUGACUGGGAUAGUGAGCGGGGAGGGAUUCUUUGAGCCCUUCUGGUUGGUCGACUUUGCGAAUGCGUGCAUUAUUGUCCAUUUGGUUGGAGCAUACCAGAUGUACAGUCAGCCCAUAUUUGCAGCAGCAGAGAGAUGGUUCAGCUUCAAAUGCCCAAAUAGCAGAUUUGUGAACAAAUUCUACACAUUCAAGCUUCCCUUGGUGCCGGUUAUUCGGUUGAAUCUUUUCAGGCUGUGCUUCCGCACGGUAUUUGUCAUAUCCACCACUGGAAUCGCUUUGAUCUUUCCUUAUUUCAACUCGGUUCUAGGAGUGUUGGGUGCGUUAAACUUCUGGCCCUUGGCGAUAUAUUUCCCCUCGGAGAUGUACCUUGUGCAAAAGAAAAUCGGUGCUUGGACAAGAAACUGGGUCAUCCUUAAGAUAUUCAGCUUUGUCUGCUUUCUUGUGACAGUUCUGUGCUUCAUUGGCUCAUUUGAGUCACUGAUCAGUGCCAAACUAAGCUGAGAAACUGUAAUUUUCCUUCCUUAUGGGAAUACGAAAGGGAAAAUCAGACGAAAGAUGUCUUAUUUUGUUACGGUGAAAAAGGGAGCACCUAAGUUCUUCAA